AUGGAGUUCACGUUGCUUUGCAACCUCGGCGGCGCGCGCAAUGCGGCCGUUUCUUUGCGGCUGCGGCUGCUGCAUGUCUGGCCGGCGAAGUCUCCGGGGGAUAUCAGGAUUUACAAUUACUGUACUCUUUGGACCGACGAAACGGGUACGUUGAUUCAUGGUGUUUCGCCAACUUCAAUGGCUGCUGGGAUUCGUCGUAACCUUUCUGUUGGCAAGAUAUAUGUCAUAAAGUCCUUUGGUUUGAGCAACCCGCCGAAUCAGUAUCGUCCAUGUUCCUUUGACUUGCCUUUGGGUCUUUCGCCUUCGACUUCUUUCCAAGCCCGUAGUCUUCCUGCCGAGAGUUUUCCGGUUGAUGCGUACGAGUUUGUGCCUUUCUCCCAGUUAAAUACGCGUGCUGGUAAUCAUCGUUACUUGACAGAUGUCGUUGGUCUGCUCAAUUCAAUCAGUGGGAUAUCGCAUAAAAUCACUAAUAACGGCCCCGCAGUCAAGCAGACGGUUAUCAUCGAGGAUGAAAGCGGGGCGAAAGUCACUAUCACACUCUGGGAUGAGUUUUCUACAGUGUUGGACCAUGUUGCUCUCACUCAGGCUGGCUCGAUUGAAGCUAUGAUUCUUGCAUUUGGCGGCCUGCUGGUUAAUAAGUUGGGAGAUGAUUAUAUUCUUUCGAGUUCAGCCGGUACACGCAUAGCGGUCAAUGCUCCUGUACCAAAGGCCUAUUUUCUUGCAUCUAGGUUUGCCGAAAAACAUGAAGUUGUUGAAUCUUUGCCAGUGGAGUUUGCUACAGUUGCUGAUGCUACUGCUGAUGCUGAUCGACGAACCAAGACUUUGGAUCAGUUGUUGAGCCUGUCUCGAAUGAAUUCCUCACUGGAAGAGAGGUAUCGUUGUGGUGGGGUGAUUGUUGAUGUCGAGUCAAGUACACCUUGUUAUAAGCUUCAGCUAACACUUAGGGACGACUCUUGCGAGGCUCGGUUUAUACUGAUGGGGGGAUGUGACCUUGCGUUGGUUAAUUUUUCUGCUGCAUAUCUGGCCCAGAGGUUCCCUCAUCGUCCUGGUCAGCUGCCCCCGCAGUUGCAUCAAUUGCGUGGGCAGUAUGUCAAGUUCGAUUGUAAGUUGCCAUUGCCUGGUCCUACUGGCUUCUCUUCGGGUGAGUUCCUUGUAACUCAAGUUGUUCCGCUUGAUGACCCUACGGUGGUGGACGAUCUGCUUGAGUUUUCCUUGCAACCUUUGUUGUCUGGUACUGGUGUUGCUGUGUCGAGUUCGGCAAUGUGUGCAGUAGGUGAUGCAGGCGUUUCUUCGAGUUCAUCGAGGGCUGCGAAGGGAAAUGAAAAGGUUUCAGGCCCUCUGCUCAUUCAGGCUUCAGCAGUUUCGUUCACUGAGGAUUUGCAGAUCCCUAUUCCUGCAAAUAUCGAAAGGGAAGACAUGACUGUUGGCUCCCAUAUUGUUGGGGGUUCACAUUUUUCGAGGGUUGGUGUGAAAGCUGGCUCUAGCCCAGCUGCUGCAGUUGUGUAUGUUCCUUCUUCAGACCAGUCCUGUGCUCCAUUAGCCAGAUCUACUCCUCCUACGAUUUCCAAGCGAACAUCCAGAAUUGAUGAGUCUAUGAGCCCUGAGGAUGUCAAUCAUGCCGCUGGCUCCGCGUCUGCAUCAUUAUUGGUUUCCCCACUCGCCAAGGUCAAGGUGGAGAAAUUAGAUGCUGCCGAGAUUGCUACUUUGCCACAUGGUGGUUCCUCUCAGGCAGGUGCAGAUGCGGAAAGAGAUGCUCCAGUAGACAGUCAAAAGAACCCAACUGUGAAACGUACUUUGUUCAAGAAGUGA